UCCUCCCUUUACGAGCCCGUUGCUCCUCGCUCAGCUCGAGCUCAUUCAUGUUGUGAGGAGUGUGCUGCGCGAGCGCGGCCUCGGUGCUCACCUGCUGCACAGAAGGCUAUGAUGAGCAUCAGCCGGUCACACUGGUGCCCAGAAAGCCCUACAUUACCGUUCAUCUGUGCCUCCCUGCAGUGCAGCCAAGCCACGUUCCGACACUUAUCGGUAGAAUUAAAGCGCACGUGUGUCUUCGCGUGCCGAGGAUUCACGGCAGGUUUAAUGCGCGCUAGGUCUAUACGAACUUUUAGCGCGCUCGUUCUGAUGGCUUCCCGCACGAGCGCAUGAGAUCAGACGGGGCAGAGGAUGUCACCCACUGUAAACACGACCAACCUGACGGCGGACAGCCGGGACGCCGCGGACCCGACCGACGCCAACUGGCACGUCCUCUUCGGCGCGUGUCUCGCGCUCGCCGCCGUGAUCUGCGCGGGUGGCUUUUUCUCGCUCGUGUCUCUGCUCAGGACGAGGAGCAGGUCCGCCAUGUGCCUCAUUGUGGCCUCGCUGUCGGUGGAUGACCUGAUCUGCGUGGUGCCGCUUUGCCUCGCCAUGGUCCUGCAGUGGAGGAGAAACGACGAGACGGCGGAGGCACGCGACGGAACCAUGUGCACUUUAUCCGGUCUCCUGUACGUUUUCCAAGGUCUCUCGAGCAACAUAAAGGCGUGCCUCGUCGUGGCGUACGCGCUCUACGCGACCAAGCGCAUCGGAGCGCGCGAGGAGAGCAAUGGAGAAGAAGGAAACGGAAGACGUGGUCGCGUGCUGUGCGCGCUCGCGCUGGUGUGGGUGCUGAGCCUGGUGGUGAGUGCGCUCCCGCUGUGCGGCUGGGGCCGCUUUGCGCGCGCCUCCCUCGGCUGCCUGCCGCACAGCGAUGACCUCUACGCGCCGUUCCUCUUCGCGCUCUACGCGCUGUGCGCCGGCGGACUGGCGGUGUGUGCCGCGCCUCUCGCGCACCGGCUCCUGUGCUCCGCCGAGGCGCUCCAGCCCAGCGCCUUCACCUCUCUGUCUCGGGAGAGUUUGGACAGGAGUUUUAGUGGGUUCGGGUCCCAUGUGACAGGCCUGAGGAGUAAAAGCGAGACGUGUUCGUGCUCUUCGCCCGCCAGUGAGCUGCGUUUCGGGAAGGACGUCGCGCGCCGCUGCCCCGCCAGACUCUUCGCGCAGAAACGCUUCUCUCUGAUUUUGGCAAUGGCUCGAGUGCUGCUGUGGAUGCCGAUGAUGACGCAGAUCCUCGUCAGCCACGUUGUUCGGGUGCACAGUUCGUCUGUGGAGACGCUGUGCUUCUUCCUGACCUUGCUCUCAGCCACUGUCACCCCAGUGUUCUGUCUCUCAGAGCGCUGGAUUCAUCUUCCCUGCGGCUGUUUCAUCAACUGUGGUCAGGAUGUCGGCUCUGUCUCCUCUGCUAUGCAUAAAAGGAGGUUUGAAUUCAACCUCUCCUUCCAGCAAGGUUACGGCAUUUACAAGAUACCUCACGCACCCUCGCCCUCUGUGGAGAAGCCCUGCUACAGCAGUCUGUACGAUCACGAUUUCUCCAAAAGCCGAGUUGCGAUUCUAAGCAGUGGGCAGAUCACGAGUCUGGCCUCACGUGACUUCAGGAAGACGGUGGUGGAAGAGGAGGAGGACUGCUCCCUCCACGGCAAGCUCCUCUCGGACAGUGUGUCACGCCAGGUGAGAACAGAAGCCCCAGAGCAGCUGCACUCAGUGGAGCAAGACGCUUUCGGAAAGGUGUCUCCUGCUGUGUCAGGCUGUGAUGGGGAGGACCUGAACCUCGACACUUCCUCAGUUUUCGACGGUCCAGAGAGGAGGCUCUCACAUGAAGAGUGUCGCAAGAUUGAGCUGACCGACUGGGAGUGGUGCAGGAGCAAAUCGGAGAGGACGCCGAGACAGAGAUCUGCAGGUGGAUUGGCGAUCCCUCUUUGUGCCUUCCAGGGCACCGUGUCCCUCCAAGCACCCACAGGCAAAACGCUCUCCCUCUCCACCUAUGAGGUGAGCAGUGAUGGCCUCAAGAUCUCCCCCAACAGCGCCAAGAAGGUCGAGGUGUACCGCUCCAAAUCGGUGGGCCAUGAGCCCAGCGCAGAAGAGCCUAACUCCGGCAAUGGGGGCGGUGGAGGAGUGGCCGACACCAACGUGAAGAUCCAUCUGGAGGUUCUGGAGAUCUGUGACAACGAGGAGGCAAUGGACAGUGUUUCUAUUGUAUCCAACAUCAGCCAGUCGUCGACGCAUGCACGCUCCCCAUCGCUGCGCUACUCUCGCCGUGAAAACCGCUUUGUGUCAUGUGAGCUGGGAGAGACAGCUUCAUACUCACUGCUGAUCCCUGGCUCCAGCCCAGAUGCUGACGGCCUCAACAUACACAUCCCAGAUACGGUGGAGGCACACCGGCAGAACAGCCGGCGCCAGCGGAGUGAGGCAGGCGGCUACCGUGAGGAGAUCCAGCUUCUCAAUGAGGUCUACAAGAAACAGGAGGCAGAACUGGACAACUAAUACUAGCAGAUGCUUAAAGACUUUGCUGGUGCUGAUCGAAACAGGUUUGAAUGCCUUCAAGAAAGAAGUAUUACUUGAGAAGGAGGUAAACAGGAGAAUAAGGACUGGGAUACAGUUCAAUUCAGAAGCAUGCCAGAGAUCUAGUGGUCAACUGAUGGAGCAAAUGUAUGUGGUUUCUCAAAAAUAGAAAGUAGGCUUGAGAGAUAUCAAACAUUUCAUACAGUUAAAUAAAGUUAUAUACAGCUAUAUACAAAUUACCAGAGUUAAAAAAAAGGUAAAAUCUAGAAACAUAAAGCGUUCUUUGAUUUGUCCUUCUGGGGAACACUUAAAGGGUUUAUGUGGAAACCUACAACAAAGGGUUUCACUCCCGGAUAGCACUCCAAGUUGAACUAAGUACCCUUAACUCUCCAUUUUUUUCCAAUAAGUAUUAGCAUUUAUUUGUAAAUACUUUCGAAAAUAGUGUCCUUUUGAAACUAUUUGAAAUCUGAAAGUUUACAGUUGGUUUCAUAUGAAGCUUCAUUUGAUGUUACAUUGAAGUGAAGUGAAGUGAAGUGUGGCCAAGUAUGGUGACCCAGGCUCGGAAUUUGUGCUCUGCAUUUAACCCAUCCAAGUGCACACACACAGUAGUGAACACACACACACCGUGAACGCACACCCGGAGCAGUGGGCAGCCUUUUCCGCUGCGGUGCCCGGGGAGCAGUUGGGGGUUCAGUGCCUUGCUCAAGGGUCUCACCUCAGUCGUGGUAUUGAGGGUGGAAGAGAGCGCUGGUCAUUCACCCCCCCACCUACAAUCCCUGCCGGACCUGAGACUCGACCCCAUGACCUUCAGGUAACCAUUAACCAUUGUUAAUCAUUGUUACUUUGCGUCAAAUUAAACAUAGCCCCACAUAUCCUCUUGCUAUUUAAAUAGGUCAGGGCCUCAGCAUACUUCAUGCAGAAGGAUGUUCAGCUGGCUUCCACAAACAAUGUCACGUAUUUACGGAGCAAACUGACGUUGUACGGAGUCUUCGUUCACAGUGUUGUGCACAGACGUCAGUAUGUCAUGAACCCUCACAGACACCGUCUUCGCAUCGUGUGCACUGAGCUUUUAAGAAUACACUUACGUUAAAAAUACUGUUAGAGAGGAGUUAGUACAAAAGUCAAGGUUUUUUUUCAAUGGAUUUAGUGCUUGGUUAUGUUAGUAAUGAGGUGGGCCUCAGUCUUUGUUUCUACCACCUGGGUGCCAGAAAAGAGAGAGGUUUUGGUGCAUGUGUAUGAUGUUUACAGUCCAUAUAUAUAUAUAUAUACAGGACACAGUAAGGGCCGGUUACAGAAAGCCACUUCCGUAAAUGUAAUGUUGUUAGCCUAUUUUAAUCAGCCUGAGAGAAGAUAAGCCCACUGGGAAUUCUCCCAGCCCUCCUGAUUACCACUCUCAUGUCAUUAUUGUGAACAGACCUCUGUCGUCAAACAGCUUUGAGACACACUUUUCCCGAAUCAAUAACGCCAUUUGCACGAUGCACAAGGGUCAUAAACAACAACAAAAGCCUCCGUGUUUAUAUGGCGGCCUGGAAAAAGCCUUCGCAUGCUCAAAUUUGGUCAUGGUGUAACAGGCUGAAAAAUACAGGCUUUUAUAAGCUGAAUGAAUUUAAGCAGUGAAUUGCGUGAAAAGGGAGUAAAGAGUUCAUUCCAGUUCCACUGAAAGACAUCAAAACAGUAAUUAUCUAAGAGCAACUACUCUUUAUUGAUUUAAUUUGCAUUUAAUUUCCGUCAUUCGUUCAUUCGUCUUUAGUAAACACUUUAAAUCUUUUAAUUAGUAAGAUCUUUAAAACCUUUACUAUAUAUAUAUUAUAAUAAAGUAUUUUAACAGUUUUUAAUUACUCUAAUGCCAUCUCUGUAUUACCAUAGUUUGAAUUAUGCUAACCUGAUUUAAUGUUGUUUGUAUAGAAAAACAACAUUAGUGAUACUUUAUCAAAGAAUUUACAAGACAUAGCUAUCCAACAGCUUGGUCAAAGCGUGAUAUUCACUGUGUUUGGAAAUCAUAUUUAAGACUGUGGCCCAGCGGCCCUUUAAGAUUAUUAUUGUCACACUGUAUGAGAAUUAAGAAAAUAAAAAAUAACAGACUGUGUGAUAAUAUAAUGAAGAUCCUCUAACGAUAGAUCUGCGAGUAAAGAAAAUUACUACAUUCUGCUUACAUCAACAAUCAGCACGAUCUGGAAAUCAGCUUGUGAAAUAUUUUUCAAACUGAGCUUAAGAUAUUUCUUCUGUCCAUUAGCAUGUUUCAUUUUUAUGCUUUGCCAUCGCCAGUGUCGUGUUAGUGGCCGUCCCGUGAGUUUUGCGUCCUCCUUUCGGUGGCUUAGAUGAGCAUCGUAGCAGAGCUCACACUCUGUGAUUUUACUCAAAAAUGUUCACGUUGAUGUCGGGUGUCUUUGUAUUUCUACACCACUUCUGCUUUAAUACAAAAAUGCUAAAAUAGAUUUCACCAAAACUACGUGAAAAUGUUUCUAUUUACUUUAUAACCUUGCGUUUGACUUGGUGUCUACAAAGAUAGGCAGAUUUCUACUGUAUGAUUUUCGACUCGAUAUUAAUCACAGACAAAAAUCACACAUCGUAAAAGGAAUUAUUUGGUCGUGAGGUGAAUUCGGUGGUCUUAGAAUACAUACCAUACCCAGUAUAGGUCAAAACUUCCACCAUGAUGCCUGCUUCCACACCUCCAUCCGAGAUUCUCAUAAGCACGAUAUCUCCAGAACGAGUGGUUGAAUGUUUGUAUUAUUGAUAUGGAAUUAUCACUCUAACCAGACGAUGAACUGAUUCGAUUUUAGAAUUGCUUGAAACAUGGCCAAGGUCACAGCAAGGUCAAAUGUCGGAAAUAGGUUUUCUUAAAAAACUUUCCUUCCUGUUUGAAGUACUGUACAUUUAAGGGGCUUUGAGGCAGACAGAUUAGUAACAAGAAGGACUAGACUUGGUGGUGGAGGCUUCCCCGACCACACCGUUAGUGCUGACUUCUACUUGCUUGCCAUUUUGUCUGGCUUCCAGAAUUCAGCCAUAGAUACAUCUGACAUUUUAUUUUUUCCAGGCUGCCACACAAAUGUAUCCGUCAUUGCAUAAGCAGGGAAAUGAACAAACAAGCUGCACAAGCCUUAAUUGCGGAGAUGAUUUGCUCUGGAGGUGGGCUGUAGCUCAUCAGCUGCGCAUGAUUUGGGUGAAAAGGCAAAAAAAAAAAAACAAGGUCAGUUGCAGAGCAUUUGCUGUUCUGCAGCUCUCACUGGCUUUUGUGUGCUGAGAGCUGAGUGAGCGAAUGUGUGAGUGAGUAAGUAAGUGAGCGAAUGUGAGUGAAUGUGUGAGUGAGUGAGUGAAUGUGUGAGUGAGUGAGUGAGUGAGUGAAUGUGUGAGUAAGUGAGUGAGUGAAUGUGUGAGUGAGUGAGUGAAUGUGUGAGUGAGUGAGUGAAUGUGUGAGUGAGUGAGUGAAUGAAUGUGUGAGUAAGUGAGUGAGUGAAUGUGUGAGUGAGUGAGUGAGCGAAUGUGUGAGUGAGUGAGUGAGCGAAUGUGUGAGUAAGUGAGUGAGUGAGUGAGUGAGUGAAUGUGUGAGUGAGUGAGUGAAUGUGUGAGUGAGUAAGUGAGUGAGUGAAUGUGUGAGUGAGUGAGUGAGUGUGUGAGUGAGUGAGUGAAUGUGUGAGUGAGUGAGUGAAUGUGUGAGUGAGUAAGUGAGUGAGCGACUGUGUGAGCGAAUGUGUGAGUGAGUGAAUGUGUGAGUGUGUGUGUGUGUGUGUGUGUGUGUGUGAGUGAGUGAGUAAGUGAAUGUGUGAGUGAGUCAGUGAGCGAAUGUGUGAGUGUGUGUGUGAGUGAGUAAGUGAAUGUGUGAGUGUGUGUGUGUGAGUGAGUGAGUAAGUGAAUGUGUGAGUGUAUGAGUAAGUGAAUGUGUGAGUGAGUGAGAGUGAGUGAAUGUGUGAGUGAAUGUGUGUGAGUGUGUGUGAGAGUGAGUGAGUGAGUGAGUGAGUAAGUGAAUGUGUGAGUGAUUAAGUGAAUGUGUGAGUGUGUGAGUGAGUAGUCAGAGAAUGUGCGACUGAAUGUGUGUGAGUGAGUGAGUGAGUUAGUAAGUGAGUGAGUUAGUAAGUGAGUGAGUUAGUAAGUGAGUGAGUGAGAGAGAGAGUGAGUGAGUGAGUGAGUGAAUGUGUGAGUGAGUGAAUGUGUGAGUGUGUGAGUGAGUGAGUGAAUGUGUGAGUGAGUGAGUGAGAGAGUGAGUGAAUGUGUGUGAGUGAAUGUGUGUGAGUGAAUGUGUGUGAGUGAGUGAGUGAGUGAGUGAGUGAGUGAUAGAGUGAGUGAAUGUGUGAGUGUGUGAGAGUGAGUGAGUGAGUGAGUGAGUGAGUGAGUGUGUGAGUGAGUGAGUGAAUGUGUGAGUGAGUGAGUGAAUGUGUGUGAGUGAAUGUGUGUGAGUGAGUGAGUGAGUGAGUGAUAGAGUGAGUGAAUGUGUGAGAGUGUGAGAGUGUGAGAGUGUGUGAGUGAGUGAGUGAGUGAGUGAUAGAGUGAGUGAGUGAAUGUGUGAGUGUGUGAGUGAGUAGUGAGUGAAUGUGUGAGCGUGUGAGUGAGUGAGUGAGUGAGUGAGAGAGUGAGUGAGUGAGUGAAUGUGUGAGUGUGUGAGUGAGUGAGUGAGUGAAUCUGUGUGUGAGUGUGUGUGAGUGAGUGUGUGUGUGAGUGUGUGUGACUGAGUGAGUGAAUCUGUGUGUGAGUGUGUGUGAGUGAGUGUGUGUGAGUGAGUGUGUGUGCGACCAGAGAGAAGAUGUUCUGAAGAAACCCUCUCUGAUAGGGAACCCCUCUGCUGUAGGGCUCUAAACAGAACGUGAGUGAAAGAGCCCUUAAAGAUUCUGUGCAGAACUGAUCAGAGAUAGGAGAGGUUCUACCUGAAACAUUCUCUGAUAGGCAAAACAUCUUUAAGUGGUUCCUCAGUGCAUGAGCCAAAAGAGAUUUCGAAAGGUUCUAGAUUUACCUUUUUUCAUAAAAAUAUAGAAAUGAUUGGAGGAGCUCCGAGAGAAGACUCUGUGCUGGGGUCCUACAUAAAACCUUCAAGUGUUCUCCUGGUUUUAGCCUUUUUUUAUGAGUAGAUGUAAUUAGAGGGAAGAAAAGCAUUUGUGUGUUUAAAAGCAUUUUAAUCCUGAAUAGACUUUGUUGUCUAGCAAAAGAGAAAACACGUGACAUUGUAAAAGAAGGUUCUAGAUGAGCAGAGGCCGUGCUGGAGAACGUCAAGGUCUCUGUUUUAAUAUUCUGUCCAUCUCUCAGCACCAGCUGUCCUUGAGACUGUCAAUGGGCUGCAAGAGCAUCAGAAAUAUUCCAGCUUAAUAUGUCCUGAAGGGUGUGUGUGUGUGUGUGUGUGCGUGUGUGUGUGUGUGUGUGUGUGCGUGUGCGUGUGUGUGUGUGUGUGUGUGAGUAGAUAAGGCGGUAAGUGUAAAUAUUGUUAGUAUUCAAGCUCAGGCACGGGUCAUAUGGGAACCUGGAAUACUAAAAAGAGACUGUGGACCUCAAUCAGACGAUUAGUUUUUACCCGAUGAGUCAUCGUGUGUGUGUGUGUUUGUGUGUGUGUGUGUCUAUUUGUAGCUUUGUGCGUAUCAGUAUGCUGAUUGCCUAUCUCUGUGCUUGCUGCUUUGUGCGUUUCAUGGAUUUAUGUUUCUCUGUCAGAAUAUCUCUCCCUCGCUGUCUCUCUCUCUAUCACACACACACACACACACACAAACACACACACACACACACAGCCUCACUCCUCCAGCCUGUUAGAUCUCAGUGUGAUGCUCCGUGUACAGAUCUUUGCUCUUGUGCCAGACCUGCUGUGUGCGAGAGAAAGAUUGUUUUCCGCCACAUUAACGUUGCACCAAGGCAAUUUACAGAAGAGAGAGUGUUGCAUAAUUUAACCGUUGAUGAAACCGCAAAUGAAUGUUCAUUUUCUGAGCCACAAUCCCACCCUCCCAACCCCCCACACUUAUUUUAAUUUUCACUCCUGUGCUUUUGCCAAGAGAAACGCAGUCGUGGCCACUGGGUUCCAUUUCAUAGCUCUGUAUUGGAAUAUUAAUGUGAUUGGAUGGAAAUGAGAAUGGAAGAUGAUGCUUAGUGCCAUCUGCUAUACGCUGUAGUAUACUCUGUUCAUAAAAAUGUGAAAAAGGAAAUAAAAUAUUCACCGCUUCAAGCUCUAAUGUUUGGACAACAGGAUUAUUGAUCCCUAUCAGCUUUAUCUACACAGCGUUCAGAUAAAAAAGCGAUAUUUUGUGCUUUUUAAUGUAUUUUAUUUUUAAGUGAGCUGCUUCACUUUUUCAAGCAGGAAAAUAGCCAAGAUAUUUUCUGACAAAGUGUUUUGUUCAAAUGAAUGUGCUCAUUAAAGAUUUAUUUGCAGAUAACGAAUCAGACAAGUGUCUAUUUAUUUAUUUAUUUAUUUAUUUAAUCAUCCUUUAUAUUAGCUGGUUCCUUGUAUAGUAGGUAAAAGACGUCAUAAUCGUCCUAGAUGCAGAACCACACAGUUUGGAAAAAUGCCUGAUAUUACAUGUCAGGAUGGUGUGAUACGACCCGACGCUACAUACAGUAUACUGCAUCGUUUUGACUGUAAAGAUUACAAUAUUUACACGUCGCACAUUUUAAAGGUCACUUUAUAGUCAAAUAGUCACAUUUAACGUUGUUGUGGAACGUCUUAGACACAAGCUAUUUCCUGUUAUCACUUACGUUAUAGCAACAAUAAACUGUCAUCUCUCUCUCUCUCUCUCACUCUCUUUCUGUCUCAAAGAAAAAUGCAGCUUGUCAUUUUCCCAAGAAACCGAAAAGCAGAAACUUCUCUGUCCUGAACACUUUCCUGUGCUGGGAAACUUUACAAAGCACUAUGACUGUUACAAAGCACUGACACUCGAAACUCCUUCCAUGAAUGUUAAAUAAACACCUCUUUACAAAAACUAGAC